AUGUCGGCAGCUGCAUUGGAAGCCAUCGGAGUUACCGAGGACUCCAUCCCAAAACCUCAAGCAUCCGCGUUUACCCCUUUCAAUCCUAUUAAACGUAUUGAAAAGAUUUCUGACGACUCGAACAAACUCCGUGAAUUGGAAAGAGAACUUGCUCACUUGCAAGUUAUUGAAGAUUAUGUAAAAUUAGAAACACGAAAUCUUGAAAAAGAGCUUCUUCAUGCUCAAGAAGAGGUGAAGCGUAUCCAAUCUGUCCCAUUGGUUAUUGGCCAGUUUCUCGAAGCUGUUGACCAGAACCAUGCUAUUGUUGGAAGCACUACUGGAUCUAACUAUUAUGUCCGCGUUUUGUCGAUUCUUGACCGUGAAUUGUUGAAGCCAGGAUGCUCUGUUGCUCUUCACAAAUAUUCUAAUGCUCUUGUUGAUGUUUUACCACCAGAAGCGGACAGCUCUAUUCAGAUGUUGCGCCCUGACGAGAAACCUGAUGUUUCUUAUUCCGACAUCGGAGGAUUGGAUAUGCAAAAACAAGAAGUCCGUGAGGCUGUUGAGCUUCCACUUACCCACGGAGAACUUUAUCAACAAAUCGGAAUUGACCCCCCACGCGGUGUGUUGAUGUAUGGACCACCCGGAUGUGGAAAAACAAUGCUUGCCAAAGCGGUCGCUUCAAACACCGCCGCUUCGUUCAUCCGUGUCGUCGGUUCGGAGUUCGUUCAAAAAUACCUCGGAGAAGGACCGAGAAUGGUACGUGAUGUGUUCAGACUUGCUAAGGAAAAUAGUCCAUCGAUUAUCUUCAUUGAUGAAAUUGAUGCGAUCGCGACGAAACGUUUCGAUGCUCAAACUGGAGCUGAUCGUGAGGUUCAACGUAUUCUCCUCGAGUUGCUCAAUCAAAUGGAUGGAUUCGACCAAAGUACAAACGUUAAAGUCAUUAUGGCCACUAAUCGUCAAGAUACUCUUGAUCCCGCUCUGCUGCGUCCAGGUCGUCUAGAUCGAAAAAUCGAAUUCCCAUUGCCGGAUCGUAGACAGAAGCGUCUUGUUUUCUCGACAAUCUGCUCCAAGAUGAAUUUAUCUGAUGAUGUUGAUCUUGAGGAUUGGGUGGCUCGACCGGAUAAAAUCUCCGGAGCUGAUAUUAACUCGAUUUGCCAAGAGGCUGGUAUGCAAGCUGUUCGCGAGAAUCGCUACGUCGUGCUCACCAAGGAUCUCGAGAAAGCUUACAAGAAUGUCGUCAAGAAGGACACGAACGAUUUCGAAUUCUACAAGUAA